GCGGUUUAGCAUAUGUACUUCAUCCAUUUGUCGCAGUUGGUAUAAUUAUGUCACAUCAUUAUUUCUUAGUAGCACGAAAUUUAAUGUGAAAUGUGAAAAUUGAGUGCUUGUACGAAGUGACUGUGCAAUUGUUAUGAUAUAUUUAUUAAUAUGUCUGUAUACGACGAGCCGUACCCCAAGCAUUAAAAAUUAAUUGUGCAACCGAUGUUUCACAAGGCGUGUCCAAGGAGAAAUAUCAUAUGAAAGUGUCGUGUGCAUUGUAUCUCUAGAAUAGCAAAACCACAAAUGACGCCAUACGCUUGAACCACUGGUACGUCUAAUAAAAAAUAAUGUGUCAUGAAUAAAUUCUUUUGAGCAAUUCAGAUCGCUUUGCGGACAAACUAAAUCACGAUAAUGGUCGUAUCGCAAGCAUAAGAUAUAAGAAUAAGAUCGAUCGUCCGUAUUUCAUAUAUGAAAGGAAGAAAUGCAUAUGUAAUGCAAACAUUAAUUUUCAAAUAAAGGUGGUCGGUACGUCCUAGCAAUUUUCUAGAGACAAUAACUACAGCGCGAUCGAUCUGAGAACUUUUGAAUUAGUCUCCAAGAAAAUUUCCUACAGAAAGAACAAACAUCGUAAUGAAUGAUAAUAACGAUAUACCUAAAAUCGUUUUUAAAUGGAACAAACUAUUUCUGUCUAUUGGUGGAAACUGGCCCCUAGAACCAGCCUAUUUCAGAUUCUCCAUAUGGAUGUCAUUCUUUACCUUGAAUAUCAGCCUCCUGUAUGUGGAUCUGUAUGAAGUUUUCGGCAAUUUGGAACAAAUGCUGUUAAAUCUCUCAGACAGCGUGAUACAAAGCUUGAUACUUGCGAAGCUGCUGCUCUUUCGAUUCAGCGAACCACUGGCACGUUUGAUCACUGACGCCCAAGAAGAUAUCACAGCCGGAGAGUUUGGGAGUCUGGAAGAGAAAAAAUGCUUUCUGGAAUAUUAUCAGCGAGGCAAAAUUUUCUAUCAAAUAACAAUGUCAUGUGUGGUGUUCGCUGUUCACGUAUACUUCUUCAAAGGAUUAGAAACAUAUCUAUUCUCAGUGUGGAACAACGAAACGACAACUUCUUUUGUUCUUCCGUACAGAACAAAAUUAUUUUUCAAUUUGACAAGUCCUAAUACUUACAUAAUUCUGUAUAUACUUGAAUAUCCAAUGGUUUAUAUUAUUGCAUGUCAGGGGGCAACUAUUUGCUUACUGGUCACUCUUAUAUUUCACGUUUGUGGUCAGUUAGCUAUUGUAUCAUAUAAAAUCCAACAUUUAAGAGGAAAUUUACCUGAGCAUGAAAAUCGAAUUAUUAAAAGUUUAAUCGAGAAACAUGUUAAAUACGUUAGGAUGGCUAGAUCUUUGGACGAUACUUUUCAAUUCGUUUUGCUUUUAGAAGUAGCAGGAACUACAGUUAUUCUCGGCCUCACUUGCUAUAACAUUAUAGCGAAUAGUGGUGAUUUAGCUGACAUAUCAACAUUAUGCUGCUUUGCGCUGUAUGCAUCUUCUAUGAUCUUAUUGCUUUACGGAUAUUGCUUCGUUGGCGAAUGUCUGAUACACGAGAGUACAAAGAUACACGAAGCGUGUGCUCAAUGCACAUGGUAUAGUAUGCCACUGAUCUACCAAAAAGCUUUAAUAAUGUGCAUGUUAUGUGCACAAAGGCCUUUACAAUUGACAGCUGCGAAAUUUUACGUAUUUUCUUUAGACAGCUUCAGCAAUGUCAUUAAAACAUCCAUCGCUUAUGUAUCCAUGUUACGUACUGUCCAAUUUGUUUGCACCGUUGCAACUGGUUAUUCUACAGUUUACCACGUAGUGAACUGGACACAUAAAACAAUUGCCUUUACGAUGCACGGACAAGAUGACUUCGAUCGCGCCGCAAAUAUUAUGACCUGGAAUCAUUGGCUUCUCGCGAUGCUCGGAUUUUGGCCGGAAAAGCCCAGAGAUAUUUGGUUCUGGAUAAACUUCGGUUAUUUUGCGUAUCACAUGACAAUGGAAUACGUAGAUCUAUUUCUCUUUAUCGGAAAUCUCGAGCACGUAAUCAUGAACCUAACUGAGAACAUGGCGUUCUCACAAAUUUUUAUCCGCAUGCUCAUGAUGCGAGUAUACAAUCGUCAAUUAGGAGAAUUAAUAAUGGAAAUGAGAAAGGAUUUUCAAGCUCACAAUUACAGAUCCGUCGACGAGCAAAAAAUAUUUUUAUCGUAUAAUUCAAAGUCUAAGACGUUUAUGAAACUUUUAAUGGCGUUUGUUGCACUAACCGCAUCCUCGUAUUACUUGAAGCCUAUACUUGGAAAUUUGGGAAAUGAUCCAAUCGAAAGCGAAAGUACCAAUUCAACGUUAACUUUUGAAUUACCGUACCGUUUUUACUUACUGUACAAUGUCAAUGACACGCAUACUUAUAUGAUAACUUAUCUUUCUCAUCUUCCAUUUGUCUUUGUGAGUGGUUUUGGUCAGAGCGCAGCAGAUUGUCUGAUGGUCACGCUGGUUUUUCAUGUUUGCGGACAAUUGUCUGUGCUCACGUUACGAAUUAGCAGUAUCAAUAGCGACCCGUCACAAUGUAGUCAGAAUAUAAAGGACGUCGUGGUGACUCAUCAGAGACUUUUGCGAAUGGGACAAACCAUAGACAAAGCUUUCAGUGCCAUUUUAUUAGGGCACCUUGUAGGUGCAACGUCUUUGGUUUGUGUGCUCGGAUAUCAAAUUUUAACGAAUUUUGCACACGGACAAAAUGCCGAUCUUGCCACAUUUUUAACUUUUGCAUUUUUGGUUCUUCUUGUGCUUUAUGCACAUUGUACUGUUGGCGAGAGUCUCGUUCAAGAGAGUACCCGAGUCUACGAAGCUUGGUAUGAUUGUAAUUGGUACAAUAUGCCAACGGAAAAUGCGAGACUAAUUAUUCUUUGUAUGUCACGAUCGCAAAAGCCGCUUUGUUUGACAUCUGGCAAAUUUGGAAUUUUUUGCUUAAGUACAUUAACUGACGUUUUAAAAACGGCAAUGGCAUAUUUAUCCGUUUUGCGAUCUUUCCUGUAGCUCACACUGUCAUGAAUGCAGAAUCAUGCAGUUUUAGUAAACACAUGUGCCGAUUUUUUAUUAAAAAAUUAUAUUCAUGUAAUUCUAUCGACUUCAUGAAUUUUGACUUAUUAAAGGAUUAACUCGAGCAUUAAAGAUUAACUGAUUACACACUUCCAGCCGAGCUACAAAAUGUGUUAUUUUAGGAAAUUUUUUCAAGGGUGUUAAUAUUAAAAAUUAAAUAAAUUACUGUUAUAGUUUGGCUUUUAGGACAAACUAUUCGUAGCGUGAAACCCAGGCCUCGGGAUUCGGAUUUCGAAUGAUAUUCGAAGGGAGAUUUUCCUCGGAAGAAAUAAGCAGGAACACUUGGAGUUUUGACCUCGAAGGGUUUAUUUCGUAGAGAAUUAUGUUUCAGCAAGAUCUUUACUGUAAUAACAUUAUGUGACAGUCGCUGAGUUUAGAGUAAGACUGAGCAUGUCGAGCAUUCAGCUCCGAUGUAUGAUACAGUCGAAAAUCCGCAGGCUAGAGGGGUAGGGAAAUAUCGGUUUUAGGGUAGACGUGUCAAAGGUUGCGAAAAUGCACUUUGAUAUAUGUAUAAUAGGAUAGGGAUUCGUAAUGUGGUCUAGGAUGAGUCAAGGUAUGUCGAGUGAUAGGAUGUGAUCCUUAGCCUGGGUAUCAUUGCGAAAUGCUUGCUGAAUGAGUCGGGGAAAUGUGUUUCACAAUGUGGCGUAUGCCAUAACAAUUAAAAACUACACAUUAUUUAUUGAUCCUUUAACUGUUUAAACGAAAUCUUCAAAAAUUAAUUGCUUUUCUUGUUUAGGUUUCUCUCACUCCUGCAGUUGGAACACAGCGUUAGUGUCUGCAUGAUUCCAUCUUUUUGACUGAAUGAAUAUGUAAAAUUCCAAAAUAUUCCUGUAUGGUGAAUGAAAAAAUGUAUUUUGGUAGCGCUGUUACUGGUACUGCUAUGCAGUACUCCACAUUGUCAGUGUUAUUAUCAUAAGCCUCAUUAUCGUCGUUAUUAUCAUCACCAACGUCGUCUACGUUGUUUUUUGAUAUUGUCGUCGUUGGUUAGAGACGGAAGGUACUCGUGCCCGAAAUAAACAGCUUGGAAAUACAUGGCAUAAAAGCGACCACCGUGAUCAAGAGGAAAGCAGUUUUUUCGCGGAUCGUGUGGUGAUCGUCGCCGUGAAGAUGUUAGUGAAAGUGUUAGUAGCGCCGGUGACGGUGGUGCUGGUGGUCGCCGAGCGACACAGGAAGAUGUUGAGACUACGCGAUAGGCCUCAAACAUAUAUAUAUACGCAGCCAACUUAGCGAAGUUGACGAAAGCCAUACGUUGUUAAUGAGAUCCCGAGAACGGCACCGGCUCUAGAUUCUCGGAUCCUUAACAGUCGAUAACUUUUACCGAAGGACGGCAACAGCUCAAGAUCCUUUCUAGCAUAAGAACGACGCACCCGAACAUAAUAUGCGUGUGAUUGCGAUAGUGCGAAACAAACGCGCAUUGUACGUUUAAUUUAACGCGUGGAUCAGUAUAUCAUGAAAUUAUUAUUCUCGUAUAGAUGUGGGUUUUUAUGCCGCCAGGCUUUUCCCAUAUGAGCUAAUAAACAUUAACCUUAAUUUCGUGGUUCAAUCUAUGUGUGUUAUUAAUUCAAAAAAAGAGAAUCAUACCCCUUUAUAAUCAACACGAAAUAUUCAUACGAAAUUGCGAAGGAACUUCGCAACGAAGGACUUUCGACUAUACAACUCUUGUAAAGUACUAUUGUCGUUAUAGUCUGUCCCGGGGAAUUUUUGAAUUUCAAAAAAAACGAAUGUAUUGUGAUUGAAAAAAAAUAUUUUCACGAAAAAUCAUGCAAACAGUAACGCCAUAUUCCAACUGCAUGAUUGGGGAGAGUGUGAACAACAAAAGGAUAAAUGUGUGAAAAAGUUAUAUAACAAAUUUUUUUUAAGCAGUUAACGAAUCAAUAAAAAAUGUGUAAUUUUUAUUUUAUUUUAUUUUCAAUAUUAACACCCUUGACAAAAAAUUCCCUAAAGUGGCUCAUUUUUCGCUUGGCUUGAGAUAUGUAACCCCUUGAUUAAAUAAAUUAGUUUUCACUGAGCAUUCAAUACCUUCACUUGUCUCGCACCUCAAAGAGUCUAUGGAUGAUGAAGCAUGGAUGCACGGCGAUGCCUUAGAAAAUAAAGGCUGUUGAAAAUCAUAAUUUUCAUAAAAUAUCCGAUCGAGGAGGUCCGAAGUGUCGCCGAACAGAAUAAAAUCCAGCGAAGAUUAUUAUAUAGAAUAUGAUUUAUGUAAUCAUGGAUGUCAUACAAAUAAAGUUCAUCGGUACAUCAAUUACGCGGUGCUGACGCGUUUAUGUCUUCUCUGCUACCAAGUCAUAUAUGUAAGACAGUCUUAUUUCUUUUUUACGAUACGUCUUACAAAUUAGUAAAUCUCUAGGCAUAGAGGAAGACUGAAGUCGGUUGAGACGCAAAACAAUUAUAUUUUAAUUAAUAUAGUCAAUGCCCCUCGCAGAAUGUCUUGUCAAGUUUUGGUCAUUUUCUUCUUACAACAACAUAACAACUGAUCACCUGAUUAUAAUUUGUUCACUACCAAUAAAUGACGUAUUAAAUAGUCUUAUUUAAUUGGA